CUUAUUGGAAAGGGAGAGACAGGAUGCACAACUGAAAGGCCUACUGAUACAUUUUGAAAGCGAGUUCCAUUUCCAGUCAAAAUGAAGCGACGUCUGCUGUUUGCUCUGGUUGCAUCUAUUCUACUGACUGAAUUAUUGGUCGAAACUAUGAGUGAAUUCACUAGUACACAGGCCCCGACAUCUUGUAGACGCCCUCCAUCUAUGGCGGGAGAUAUAGAGUUGAAUUACACCUUACCUAUCUAUCCGCCAUGUGGAGAGUUCACACUUGGCAACGGUUCGGUGAUAAUCAAGAUCCCUAAACUGCUUCCUACACCAUUCUUCAAGAGUUGUAGGAGAGAUGGUAUUCCGGCUGGGCAUCGGAUCUGCAGAUCACCAGAUUGUCUAUCUGGACCGUGCAAAAAUGGAUGGUGUGAAGAGACUAUGGAAAAUUAUCACUGUCAUUGCCCGGAAGGGUUCUCUGGAAACGACUGUUCCAUAGCUACCGGAACACCUACUGGUGCAUCGGUCCAUACUUCAAACGUGUCCAUCCAGUCUAAUGUGACUACAGAGAACCCGACGUCCACAUCACAAACGACCCAGUCAUCAUCUUCAAUCAUGUCAAUGUGGGCUUCGCUGUCGUCUGCAUUCACUUCUCUGAUGUCGACAGCGCCGGCGACAGCGGUGAUGUCGACAACAGUGACCACGAUGCCAAAUGAGGAUAAAUGCGGAUCAGAUCCAUCGAUAAUUGAAGUUGUAGGAUUGGACAACAUAAUUAUCUGUGAAGGCAGGCAGCUAGACAUCACUUGUCAAUCAGGAUUCACCAUGAGAGUGUUAUCUGCAAACUACGGUCGCACUGAUAACAUAACAUGCCGUUGUAAAUCUGACCCUGUAAAAAUGGAAAAAACCAACUGUCAUUCGAAUGUGACCACAAAGAUUCAGGAGCAUCUCACAGAUUCAAAACUCAUCAUAAGGGUUGAAAACAAUGUAUUUCAGGAGCCUUGUCAGGGGACAUAUAAGUAUCUCAAUAUUACGUACAAGUGUAACUAG